AUGACGUCUGCUCAUAGACCAACGCUGGAUCCAGCAAAGGGCAAGCUCGUUCCUGAAACAGGAAUUAUCUACGACCGUAUGCUGCCGGGGUACACCAAGCUCAAAAUGCGACAACCCGGGCAGGGUGGCGCAGCAGGCGGCCUGAGCCCGGAAAACAAACAAGGCACUGAAGACUCUGCAAGUGAACCGUUGGCAAUUGAGCCAGCUCCUCCGGAUGAUGUAGAGAGCUCCGCGAACCCUUCCUCGCCAUCAGAUGAAGACUCGGCCUACGAAUCAGACAAUGAGGAGGAUUUGAGAAAAGAACUGCAGAAGCUACGAGACAUUAAAUCAACGAAGCACAGUCAAGAGGAGCCCAAAGCCAAAAAACGUUCUUGGGCGGACGAGACAGUCUUUUCAAACCAGCAGAUUUCUACACCUGAACCUCAUCGCAUUAACGACUCCUUGAGAUCGCAUAAGACCAAGAAGUUCAUCAAGAAGUACGUGCAAUAG